AUGGCUGGAAUUACAUUAAACAAGAGGAAUCUAAGAGUGCUUAGUAUCACGGCGUUGCUGCUUUUGCUAGUCUUUUUCGUGAUUCAAACUGCAAAUACAACAAUGCCAGCACUUGGAAAAACAGACAUUGAAAUACCAGCAGACGCUGGUCCUACUGUUUUAGAUUCCGUCAAGGGCAACAGUUUGCCAGAAAGCCCCAUAUCGACAGGUAAGGAAAAGAAAAAGGGCUCCUCUGUUGAGGUAAAAGAAACAUUGCAAGACAACACACAUGAUCCCGCUAAGGAAUACGGUAUGAUGCUGGAGCAAUCCCCCGUUAUUAUCUUUAGCAAGACUACCUGUCCUUACAGUAAAAAAUUGAAGUCGCUUUUGGAAAAGGAGUACUCGUUUGUCCCAACCUAUGCUGUUAUCGAUUUGGAUAUCCAUAAAAUGGGCAAAACCUUGCAAAAGUAUAUCGAAGAGAAAACUGGACGUGGUACCGUACCAAAUUUAGUCAUCAAUGGAGUAUCAAGAGGUGGCUGUGAUGAAAUUACAGCACUUCACAAUGCCGGUACACUCCUGGCCUCUUUGGAGGAAUGGAGUAAUAAAAACUACAAAGUUGAGCAACUGGAAAAGCCAUCGAAUAAUUAA